AAAAAGUAAGCAAUGUCACAAGUCUUGUUUUAGUGCGCUAAUUAUCUACACUUAUGCGGCCUUGAAAUAUACAUUUUACAAAUAUUGAUGAGUUUUUCGCGCUUAUUCUGUAUUUACCAAUAGACAGCUAUGAAUGCACCACAAUUUUUCUACAAAACGUUCAUUGAUUCGGUGGUUAGCUUCAUUGUUUAUAACAAUUAUCAAGCAUUGUUUAACUAAAACAAUCAAAUUUGAUCGUUAUAUUUGCUUUAUUUUGUUAUAAAAGUUGGACUAAGGAUAAACUAGGAUAUUAUUUAACAUGCCUACAUUAUCCGAAACUUCGAAGCCACCCAAUGGAGAGAAUUGUUCCUCAGAUUUAAAACAUUCACAGAAUUACUUGCCGACCAAUAACACUGUUUUACAUGAUACCAACGUUUACGAAAAUCAAGGUGAUUCAGAAGGUGAGCAAUGCGUAGAAAAUCAUUUCAAAGUUGAUGGUUUAAGAAACGGUGCCGGAGUUCCGGUAAAAACCAAAUAUGCCUCUGAAGCACGCGUUUGUUUUCCAAGUAAAUGGUCUAAAAGCAUAGAACCAACGCUUAUGUGUAUAAACGGAUUAGAUGAUUUUUAUAAUCAGCAACAAAUAUGCGUACUUGGAUGUAAUUUGUGUGAUUCAGAAGAAAAACGGAGUUCAUUUCAUAAUCAAAAUAAUGAAUGGACUUGUAAUCAUGCAAACCAAAGUGCUAAUCAUCCUCGUCUGCAGGACCAAAACAGUAAAAGCGAUCUAUUAAAUAAACAAGUCAAUGAGUUAACUGAACGUGAAAGUUACAAAAUUAAGUGGGUUGAAAAGCGCAACGAAUAUGAAAGUGAAAUCAAAGAGUUAAGAAGAGCCAAAGAAAAGGCCACUCAGAAGAAUAUCAAAUAUGAAGAACAGAUAACCGAAUUAAAAAACAAGCUCAGUUCAAAACAAGAACAGAUACACAAUUUAUUGAUUGAAUUAGAACAAUCUAAUCAAAGAUUAAAUGUAAUCGAAACACAAUUUAAUGCUUACAAAUUACAAACUAGUCAGAAUGAAGAGAAUUACCAAACCUUAUCGCGUGAAUUCGUGAUUAUGAAACAGUGUAAAGAGCAAGCAGAAUUGAAUGCAAAAAAUUGUGAAAACAAUCGGUUACUAUAUGAGAGACGAAUGAAAGAGUUGGACGACAAUUAUGAACAAAGUAAACAACGUUAUUAUGACGAUAUUAAAGGACUAAUGAAUCAAUUGGAUAUGGAACGUUCAAGGGCUGAUGAACUCUUGCAAAAAAUUGAACAUAAUCGCCGCCAAAAUGAAGAACAACUUAAAACCAUCGAACAAACUCAACAGAAGAAACUAGAUGCAUUGUUGGAAGAUGGCCAAAAGGAGUUAAGAAAACAGCUAGCUGAAGCGAAUGAACAAAUUAAGGAGCAACAAAUAAUAAUAUUUAAUCAAGAAUUAAAAAUUUCUACAAUGGAUUCAGAUAAAAAUGAGCUCAUAAAAAUCAAUCAAAAAUCAACAGAGGAACAAUCAGAUCUUCGUGAACAAAUUAAGUUGAUUGAAAAUUUAUUAACAAUAAAAGAUCAAGAUAUUUCAAUGAUGCAAUUUGAAUGUCGUCUCUAUGCUGAUAAAUUGAAACAAACUGAAUUGGAAAAAAAUCAUUUCAUCGAAAAAGAACGAUUUAUAAAACAAAGAUAUCAAAACAAAGCCAAACGUGCAUGGGAACAAUGUCAAACUACUCGUACACGUUUAAGUAGAAGACUUGUUCAUCUACGUUAUAACAGAGAUUUAUUAUCAAAACAUUUAAAGAAACAAUACGAACAAAUGAAUCGUUUGAAUAAUUUAUUUUGGGAAACUGGAUGGGCAUAUGUUCAAUCACAAAACUCUCUACAAAAUAUCAAUAGACAAGAAAAGGAAUAUGUAGAUAAAGAAAUGCAAACAAUUUUAAUUAAUAACAAGAUAAAACAACCUUAUGUGACUAUAGACCAAAUUGUACAGACUGACGCUUCACAGCCGGAUAACGAUGCUAAAGAUGACACAGUGAUAUCAUGCGCUAUCACAUGGAUUUCAAAUGAUUUAGAAAACUUGACAGGAAAGUUGGAGAAAUUGCUUAAAUAUCACGGAAAAGUUAUCAAGCAAAAAUAACUUAACUAAAUUGGAAGAUAUUAAAAGGAAUUUUGAGAGUUCGACGAGCAACUUGAAGUUGUUAUUAAGUCAAAUGGAAACUGAUGCACUAGAAGACGAAUUAUCAUGUGUCGGUAAACUAGCCCAAACAACAGCAAAUCAACUGAAACUUAGUCACUCAAGACUUGAAGAAAAUCUCGAUUCAAUAAGGACUGAUCUUAUUCGUCUAAAGGCUGAAUGUCACUAACUAUCAAUAAAAUGAAGUCGUUCGUUGGACUGAGGAUAGAUAAAACAGCAAGAAAUCCAAUCUAAUUUGUGACCUUUUAUAAAUUAUAUAUCUAUUAAACUAAACGGAUAAAAUAUCAUUUGGUUUGAAUAUAACGAUCUAUAACAAAUAUCCAGACUCGUAAUACGAUGACGCUCACACAUAGUUAAGACAGAAAUUGACAGACAAAUACAUCCUUGGCUUCUGUUACACUGCAGUCUAUCAUCAAGGUGUACGUUCUUAAAGUCGAAAUUCGUUAGUAUAGACACUGCAUAAGAUCUGUUUCUGCACACCGGUUUUAAGUGGAGACGAUAGGUUACAAGUUUAUUGGGACUUUAUGAUACAAACUUUUAGGGAAGUGAUACUCAGAUUCUGCGAGUUAAAAUCAGCAAACGCCAUAUUUCUGAACAUUGCUUUUUACAAAAACUGUGACAUGAACAACUUUACUGAAUCAAUAACAUCAAAUUAAAAAACAUCAAAAAUUUUAAAAAAAGUUGCUCCAAAACAUUAAUGGAUGAAUGCCAGAAAUAUAAGACAGGAAGGACAAUGACAAUGCUAGUCACAUCAAUGAUCCCUAUGCAACAUAUUCUUCAGUUGUUAUUGGGGAGCAAACAACAUAACGGAUUUUGAUUAAGACUAAAAUAGACAACGUAACCACUCAACACACUGGAUAAUCAUCAAGCCUUUAUCAAUCUUUUGUUUCGAUAGAACAAUGAGAAGACGGAGUUCAUCUGAAAAAUAUGAUAUAAUUGCGCUAUACAUUUCAAACAAUCCGGUCACACAUACUUGUCAGGGCAUUUUAUAUGAAAAUUAAUAAACGUCAGGUUACGGCAAAUUGUUUUUGUGCACAUAAGAUGGGUUUAAAUUUACGGAUAGCCAAUGCUUCAAUGAACUUGAGGAUUCGUCCCUGACAAUUUCUAUACAACAUCUUAGAAGCUGUAGUGAUGUCAAUUCGGUGCCCCGUUUCAAUUAUGUGUUUUGCUGUCGAUGUACAUGGUUUUCUACCUCUCAUAUUGAUCGGGUCGUUUGAUACUAAUUGGUUUUGAAGUCAUCUAGGCACAUGUUCAAUGACCCUUGACUGCAUUGUUCGACUGCUACUCCAUGUAUGU